GCGCCGCCUCUGAUUGGCUCCUGGGCACAUAAGACACCAGUGAAUGAGCCGCCGGCCCUCGCAGAAACUUGCUCGAGGUCUUGGGGUGGCAUCGCCCUUUACGUCCGCGUCCACCCGCAGACGAGCCGCCCCGGGGGAGGAUGAGGACGUCCUGCGUGGUGCUCACCGCCCUGGUGGCGCUGGCCGCCUAUUACAUCUACAUCCCCCUGCCCAGCUCCCUGGCCGACCCCUGGAAGCUGAUGCUGCUGGACGCGACUUUCCGGGGCGCACAGCAAGUGAGUAACCUGAUGCACUACCUGGGCCUGAGCCAUCACCUGCUCGCACUGAAUUUUAUCAUCGGUUCUUUUGGCAAGAAAAGCGCAUGGUCAACUGCUCAGGUGAACGUGACCGACACUGACUUUGACGGCGUGGAGGUCAGAGUGUUUGAAGGCCCUGCAAAGCCAGGAGAGCCACUGAAACGCAGCGUUGUUUAUAUCCACGGGGGAGGCUGGGCCUUGGCAAGCGCAAAAAUCAGAUAUUAUGAUGAACUGUGUACAGCAAUGGCUGAGGAGUUGAAUGCUGUCAUUGUCUCCAUUGAAUACAGGCUCGUUCCAAAGGUUUAUUUUCCUGAGCAAAUUCACGAUGUUGUACGGGCCACAAAGUAUUUCAUGCAGCCAGAAGUCUUACAGAAGUAUUCGGUGGACCCAGGCAGAAUUGGCGUUUCUGGUGACAGUGCUGGUGGGAAUUUGGCCGCUGCCCUGGGCCAACAGUUUAGUCAAGAUGCCAACUUGAAAAACAAGCUCAAAGUGCAAGCUUUAAUUUAUCCAGUCCUCCAAGCUUUGGAUUUUAACACACCCUCCUAUCAGCAAAAUGUGAACACCCCAAUCCUGCCCCGUUAUGUCAUGGUGAAGUACUGGGUGGAUUACUUCAAAGGCAACUAUGACUUUGUCCAGGCCAUGAUAGUGAACAAUCACACUUCACUCGAUGUGGAAGCGGCUACUGCCCUCAGGGCCCGCCUAAACUGGAUGUCCCUCUUGCCCGAAUCCAUCACCAAGAACUACCAGCCUGUUGUGCAGGCCACCGGCAACAGCAGGAUUGUCCAGGAGAUCCCUCAGCUGCUGGAUGCCCGUGCUGCCCCACUCAUCGCCGACCAGGAGGUCCUGCAGCACCUCCCCAAGACCUACAUCCUGACCUGUGAGCACGAUGUGCUAAGAGACGAUGGGAUCAUGUACGCAAAGCGCUUGGAGAGUGCAGGAGUGGAGGUGACCCUCGACCACUUCGAGGAUGGCUUCCACGGGUGCAUGAUUUUCACCAGCUGGCCCACCAACUUCUCCGUGGGCAUCCGGACUAGGAAUAGCUACAUUAAGUGGCUGGAUCAAAACCUGUGAAGGAGUAGAGUUUCUAGAAUGCUUGUGCCCUUCUUGACCGCCUGCACCUGCUUUGGAAAGACGUGUACUUUUUAGUCGACUCAUUUCCCCCUCUUACCUGUGAGUUAUGGAAUCUCUGUCCCCUGCUUUAUGUUAAUUUAAUUUUCAAAACUGCGUUUGACUAACAGAAGUGCAAGAACAUCUAAAUCUGGUUCUCCAGGUGGGCCGGUCUCUCUGUUCUUGUUUUAGCCAAACUGCUGCGAGUAUCCAUCCCUGCGGAGAGCAGGAGUAGGAGUUGGAAAUAGCUGUGGGUCCUGCCUUCAUCAAGAAGUUCUUAGAAGAAAUAGCUCCACCUCUGGAGGAUACAGUCACCUUUAAUGAGUUCAGGAAGGGUGGGCUCUUCUUCAGUGUGCUAGAGUUUACUUUGAGGUCAGAGCACUAUUAAAUGCAUGUCCUGGAAGGUCAGCGCUGGGUACCAAGUGCCCUCUGUCCUUUGUGGAUGGAUGGUUUUAUUUCCUAUGGGAAUUUCGGCACAGGUGUUCUAGCAAGGACAAGUUUCUCAAAUGACGUUCUUCCUUUAGAGUGUUAAUUUUAUGAGAUAGCUAUAAGUCCAGUUGGAUUAUGAUGAUACUUGAAUGUUACUUUCUACCACUAUUAUUAGAAAAUAUAAGGCUGCAUGCAUUAGAUGUCUAUACAUUGUUGGGUUGUUUUUUUUUGUUAUGCCAUCUCCUAGGGGGAGAACUUUUGGGACCAAAUUUAUUUAAAUUUAGAAUAAAUUUUCCAUUGUAGAACAAGUAAAAACAAAUGAAUCAACCUAUUGCUUUCAUAAUGAACACUUCUGACAUAAAUUGCCAAGAGUGGUGCGUAUAUAUUUGGCAUAGUCAGAAAAAAGGAUAGGUUUAAUAAUAGUUAAAAUUAGGAAAAACAUUCUGGAGGGUCUAGCUUAUUCUUGAAAACUCAACCCUUUCACUCUCAUAGCUUUAAAAUGGGGCUAUUUUGGUAUAUAUAUAUAUAAUGUAUUGUUUAUUUUUUUAAGUUAUUUAAUGUUCAUAUAUGUAGCUAGACUCAAGAUUUUUCAGAAUAAAGUUGAUAAUGAGUAUUAAAAAUAAUAUUUUUAAAAAGCUACCUGAGAAUUAUAUCCACAUGUUAAUUUAUGGAAAAAGGUAAAAUAGCUAUUCAUACUACUAUACAUUAGGCCUAAGUAUUUUGAUGUUCACAUGCAUAUACAAAUUAAGAUAACUAGAAACUACGACUCCACCUAGUAAAGUCAUCUAAGUUGAUAGUUGAUAGAUAGCUUAGGCAAGACACACACUGCUCAUUUCUGCUCUCAAUGGUCAAAGGAACACUAGCUCCUAUUCUUCUGGGUGAAGGGCAGACGUUGGCACCUGGUGCCUACACUCUCAUCUCCUUCCAUCAGGUCUGGAAGUUCCAAUAACCUGAGUUUAACUUGAUGUAAAGCCUUCACUGCCAGUGGGAACAUCUUGGCAUCACAGGGAACUCCAAUUCGGAUGUGAGUUGAGUACCUCUGCUCUCUUUCCUGCCACACGCACGUCUCCCCCAAUCCCUGCCUCUUUCAGGGACUGCGGAGAGCAGCAGUCCAGCCAAGUAAUGAUACAAUUUAUUUGUUAUCAGGGAGGAGGAAUAGAACCUUUUGCUCAUUUGAAAGAUGGGUAUUUCCCACUUCUGGCAAUGAAAUAAACGAAAAUUUGCACAGUUAUUUUUUUACUUGUUGUACAAAACAAGUAAAUGCAACAGUGUGUGUAAAAAAAUAGUCAUACCAAUUAGUGUGCUAAUGUACUCAGGCAAGUCACUCACCGCCCAGAGGUCACUCUGGGCCUCUUUUCUCUUUCCUCUAAAAUCAGAGAAUUGAUUACUUGACCUAUGAGGUUUCUUCCAACUAUAAAUUCCAACCACUUUUGUAAGGCUGGCAAACUGUGUGUAUUGACCUCUUCUUCUACAGUGUUUUCUUGUAGGUCAUUUAUUCCAUAUACACAGACACAUGCUUCAUCAAAGGUAUUUUUUCUUAAAAAUUAGGAUUUUAGUUCUUACUCUCUUACAGCCACCCUCUUUGUUUAAUAUUAUGUUUUGUGGGUUUUUUUUUUUUUACAACCUUUGAGGUUAUCUACCUCUAAUAAAGCAAAGAAAAUAUAAUAUAUGCACAGAAUUCCUUAAAAUGGUAUCUCCUCCCCCUAGGAUUAUAAGCCAAAUCCAGUAGUAAUUAUAGACAGCAGAUGACUCCAGAUUUCUAAAGGGAUCUCUCAGAUGAAAAGGGCGUGAAAGAAAAAGGGGUCAAGCACUGUUUCUGAUGAAAUACUUGAGUUUCAUUAAAGCUUUUAUAUGUGUGAUUUGUCUAAUGACUUGCACUGUGUCUCGCCUCAGACCUCAAAAUUCUCCUUGUAAUAAUAAUAGUUGUGAGUCAGGAUACACAAAACCACUAGAUCCAAGAGAGGCUAUGAAGCAACCAAAAAUCCAAGUGCUAAGAACUCCUUUGGGAAGCCUACAGAGUUUAUGUUGAAGGUAUUUUGGUUUGGGGUGAGUUUAUUUUCUUUUAGCUUUUGUUCUUUUUUCUUUUUUAAGUUUAUGCUCUGCAGAUUGGUAUACACACACACACACACACACACACACACACACACACACUCUAGAGGCUUGGUGCACAAAAUUUGUGCACUGGGGUGGGGGGGUCCCUCAGCCCGGCCAGUGCCCUUUUGCAGCCCGGGAGCCCUCGGGGGAUGUCUGACUGACGGCUUAGGCCCACUCCCUGUCAGUUGGAUAUCCUUAGUGCUGCCCUAGAGGCAGCAGAGGCUCCUGCCACCGCCUCUGUACUCACCAGCCAUGAGCACAACUCAGGGCUUCUGGCUGAGCAGCACUCCCCCUGUGGGAGCGCACUGACCACCAGGGGACAGCUCCUGUGUUGAGUGUCUGCCCCCUGAUGGUCAGUGUGCAUUAUAACAACUUGUGCCGUUCAGUUGAUUUGCAUAUUAGCCUUUUAUUAUAUAGGAUAUUUUCAAUGCUAUGGCUUUGUUUUGUUUUCCUACUUUAUGAAAAAGUUGAUAACUUUUUUGUAAAUCGUUGUUUGUGAAAUAUGACAGAAAUAUAUGAAGAAAAAAGUCUUGAAGUACAGAAAAAUAUAGUGAAGUGUUAAUUAGUCUUCAUGUUUUAUCAUUGAUUUGUGAAGAAUUUAAGACUAUUAUAUAAUUAUCUCGGUGGAUAAAUAUUUUAUGCAUGACCUUUUAACCUUUGACUUUUUGCUUAUUUCCCACUGCAAAAGGGAAAGGCAGAUUUUAUGAAGGAUUUUAGCAGCACAUAUAUUUUAUAAGAUGAAAAUCCAGUAUGGAGGUAGGAAAAUGUAUAUUUGUUUUGACUCAUGUUUGGAAAUAAAAUGGCUCCAUCUGGUA